AUGGAAUCUAACUACUUCCCAUCCGACAUCGUGGUCGACAUCCUGUCUCGGCUGCCGGUGGAAACCCUAUUCCGUUUCAAGUCCGUUUCCACAAAUUGGAACUCCAAGAUCACCCCAACAAAUCAUUAUCUCGUCUCCAUGCACCUCAAGAACUACACCAACAACCCCGCCACCAAGGCCUCCCUGCUCGCCACCUACCUCGAAGCCGACGCCUCCUUGUUCGCCACCUACCUCGAAGCCAACGAGCCCGCUCCAUAUUCUCGCCACUCUGUAUCACUCUGCCUCGAAGAAGUCGACGACGGCCGACGACCACCAAUCCACGUGGACCAAAGCUUGCUCGAGAGAAUCGUAUGCGGCACAGGCAACGGUUUGUUCCUCCUCGACACGAUCCAUCCUCAUUACAACCUGUGGAACCCAGCAACUCGAGAAAUCAGGCCUCUUCCCGACCCACCUCUGUUCACCUCGCCUCCAGAAACACCCCCUGGCUUGCAGCAUUCCUCUGACUACUGCGGAAUGGGAGUGGAUUUAGUUGAUAAUGAUAUCAAGGUCGUUCUGAUUCGUAAUUAUGAUUACUAUGACCACGGCCACUGGAUCCCUUCCUCGUCGUCGAGGUUCCCCUCGUCGGUCUUCGUCUACACGUUACGGAGUAAUUGCUGGAGCGAGGUAGCGGGAGGGUACCCGUACGGGGAUGGGCAGCAAGACCCAACAUACUGCCUGUUUGAUUGUCAUACUUACCAUGACGGUUUCCUCUACUGGCUGUUUAAGGACUAUAACAACCGCAACGGCUAUGUGGUGGCGUUUGAUAUGGGGAACAAUCUGUUUCAUAAGAUAAACUGUCCCGUCGAUGAUCCUCCGGCGUGUAAUCUCGGCUUGUUUCGUGGUUCGGUUGCUCUGUUUGAGGGGCAAAAGGACUAUGGUACCUGUGUCGUUUGGUUGCUGAGCAGCCGUGGCGGACAGUGGAGUUGGAUCAAACAUUCAUCCUUCGGGGUUUUCCCGGAAGAGUUGGUUGUGAUCGGAUGUUGGAAGGAUGAUCAAUUUAUUGCUCAAACUAGUUGUGAUGAUCAACUCGUAUUAUAUGAUACAGGUAGCAAACAAAUAAAAGUUUUGGUGUCCAAAUGCUGGAGUAUAACUUGGUUGAAUAUUUAUAGGCAGAGUUUGCUCUCCACACUACCGAUUUCUCUUACGAGUGGAAAGGGUCUUCAAGUGGAGUGA